AUGACAGACAACGGCCCACAAUUUAUCAGUGAUGACUUCCGAGACUUCUCUAUGAAGUACCAAUUUGAGCAUAUAACGACCAGUCCCUAUCACCACCAAUCCAACGGCAAAGCCGAAUCUGCCGUCAAGCAAGCCAGACGAAUAAUUCGAACAUGCAAAUCAUCAAACGAUAACAUGUACCCUGCCCUUCUUGCCCACCGAAACACCCCCCAAACAACCCAUGAAACAAGCCCCGCACAACGACUGUUUAACCGCCGUACAAAGACUCCCUUGCCCGUCUCGGAGAAGUUGCUUCAACCGAAGAUAAAUCCGCAAGCAAACAAACGCAUCCAACAAAGACAACAGCUCCAAAAGAAAUACCACGAUCGUGGUGCAAAAGAGCUCAGCCCGUUGCGGAAAGGAGAAGUGAUGAGACUACAGCCAACCCGAAUCGGCGAAGAGAAAUGGAAGAGAGGGAUAGUUGUACGCAAAGCCGAGAUAAGAUCAUAUGAAGUCCAAUGCAACGGGUGUGUCUAUACUAGAAACAGAAAAUUCAUCCGACGAUCAAGGUUACGUGCAGAAUUCGGUAGUGACAACGCAGUUGAAGAGAUGUCAGACAUGCCCGAAGCGGAAGAGCACGUUUCUGUACCUACUGACAAUGAUUCGCCCAAGAAAACCUUCAACCAGCACACUUAG